UGUGUUCUUUAAAACACUUGUUAUAUACUAUCUCAGUUGUCCGUUAUAUAAUACUCAUGAAACGAACACAAUUGGGGAAUCCAGGAAAUGAUGACAUAGUACUGACAAAAAGUAAGAAGAAGAACAAAGAGGAACAAAACUAGAAGCUAAAGACGUGUAAAGAACCAGAAGUUACUUCUGCAUAGACAAAAUGGUUUCGAACAUGCUACCAGUCAUCUGGAUACUGAUGUCUUUCAGUCUAUCAGGCAUUUUUGCUUCUGGUUGGUCAGUUCAUGUCCCAGUGGAGCCAGUCUAUGCUCAUCUGGGGUCAUCUAUAGUUCUGCCUUGCACGUAUGACUACCCCGAGGACUCGGAUCAGAAAACACCACGCAAAGUUCUAUCAGAGAUGUGGUGUUUAAAUCAAAGCCACUGCAUCACUCCAAGAUACUUGUACCAUAGCGCAGGAAUAUUCCCUGAACCUUCAUACCAGAAGCGGGUGAAGUUUUUAGGGCAGACAGGGACUAAAGACUGCUCUCUGAAGAUAUCUGACCUAAAGUCAGAGGACAGUGGCGUGUACGUGUUUCGAUUCAUCACAGAUCACCUGAUGGACAAACUUCCUGGACAGAAAGGAGUUACACUUCUUGUCAUCUCUGGAAAGACAUCUUCAUUUACUAUUGGAAUCGUGUUUGGAGUUUUUUUCAUCUUUCUAAUAACUGUCAUUCUGAUAUGCAUACAAUGCAAGGCACGGAGAGCCAUGUAAAGAUCAAUUCAAAUAAUCAACAUCACCAAUUAACUAAGCACAGAGAAUGAGAAACUGUGAUCAACACACAUGGUUCUGCAAAUUGCUUAUGUUGUUCUUUUUAUCAUUAUUUUACGUCUCUAAUGACCAUUAUUUAUUUUUUUAUAUUAUGUUUAAUUAUAUCUUAUUACUUUUCAAAGUGAUUUACAUUCAUUUUACGUAUGCAAUAAGAUAUAAGAGGUCGUAGAGCCUACAGUUGGUUUGAAAAAUAAAUUUCAUUUUUUUUCUUUUUUAAAAUCUGGAUAAGAAAAAUAUCUUCAUGUCAGUUUAUUUUACUUACCUUUUUGGCAUUUUAUACUUGCAAGCAAUUUGUUAAAGGGUAAGACAAUAUUAAAUCACGGGUUUCCAAUUUAACCUAUAUAAAUGGCUAUAUAUUCUUUCAAUAAAAUUAUGAAAUUGCAAAAAGGUUA